UGGUUUCUAUGCCGCUCUCUUCUCUCCCUCGGUGUAUUUAAAACCUGCCUAUCAUCUUCUCUCUUUUUUUUUUCCUCCUUUGGUUCGUCCGUCAGUUUUUCAUGUUUUUUUUUUUUCCCGUUGCCUUCUGAGAUUAUCCUCCGUGACGUUGUCAGUGUAUUACCUUGUCUUUUCGGGAGAGAAAGGCUUCCAGGGAUGGAGUCGAUGCCCGGACAUCUUGGAGACGCGGGACGAGACGCCAGCUCUUCCCCGAGUUUGAAGCAGGACGCUCAGAGCUUUUCCAGCCCAAACUCCCUCAAACCGAACCAAGUGAGUGAAACCUCCCUGUACGGGGUGCCCAUCGUGUCUCUGGUCAUAGAUGGGAAAGAGAGACUCUGCCUGGCACAGAUUUCCAACACCCUGCUGAAGAACUACAGCUACAACGAGAUCCACAACCGCCGCGUGGCUCUGGGCAUCACCUGCGUGCAGUGCACGCCCGUCCAGCUGGAGCUCCUGCGGCGCGCCGGGGCCAUGCCCAUCUCGUCCAGGCGCUGCGGCAUGAUCACCAAACGGGAGGCCGAGCGGCUUUGCAAAUCGUUCCUGGGGGCGCACAGCCCCCCGAAGCUGCCGGAGAAUUUCGCCUUUGACGUGUCGCACGAGUGCGCGUGGGGCUGCAGAGGCAGCUUCAUCCCCGCCAGAUACAACAGCUCCAGGGCGAAGUGCAUCAAAUGCAGCUUUUGCAACAUGUAUUUCUCCCCGAAUAAGUUUAUCUUUCACUCCCACCGCACCCCGGAGUCCAAGUACCUGCAGCCGGACGCGGCAAACUUCAAUUCGUGGAGACGGCACCUGAAACUGACGGAGAAGAAGCCGUCUGAGGAUAUAAACCACGCGUGGGAGGACGUUAAGGCCAUGUUCAACGGGGGGAGCAGGAAAAGGACUCUGCCCAUGAGCGGGUCGGGGAUGUCCUCGUCGCUGAAAUCGCAGGCCUCGUCCAGCUUGGCUCCAACUAGCUCCCCUGAGAUCCCUCACAAAACUUUACGGUGCGACGAGGAGCAGGGAAGCAAUAACUUAAGCUUGGCGGGCGGCGCACGGAGCUACCCGGUCAUCCCGGUGCCCAGCAAGAGCUUUGGCAUGCUCCAGAAGAUCCCCACACCCCUGUUCCCUCCCCACCCGUAUGGCUUCCCGAGCUACGGGCUGUGUCCGAAAAAGAGCGACGGGGUGACUGACGGCAGCAAGCCCAGUGUUCCCGGGGUGUUUUGGCCCGGCGCAAAGGACUCCCUCUACCCAGCUUUCCCCAUGUUCUGGCCCGCAGCCGGUGGGCUGCCCAUGCCGCCCUAUCCGGGCUCCCCGCCCAAGCCUCCGGCAGAGCGGCCAGGCGUCCGGCAAGCUGAGUUGGACCUGUCUGACCAAAGCGACCGGGGUGCAAACACACCCAAAGACAUAACCCCGCACCCCCACCACGAGCGCAGUCCCAGCUCUCAGUCCUCCACCAGGAACGACGAGGACAAGUCCGGGGACGAGGCCUCCCAGAGGAAGAUCAGCUACAUCUCGGCCUUCAGGCCCGUGGUCAAAGACGCGGAGACCAUCGCCAAACUCUACGGCAACCGGGACGGGUUCGGCGCGCGCCCUGGCUACCUGUCCCCGGAUUUCAUCAGCGAGAGCUCCAGCUACAGGUCGGCUUCUCCGGAUAGGGACAGCGUGGUGGACGACGAAGACGACGACCCGGACGUGGACGUAGAGUCCAGCCGGGGUCCGGAGGAAGAGGAGUCGGUCCUGAUCUCCCCCGGUAGGGACCUGCGAGGUUCCCCGGCGCUCGAACGGGUCUGUUCUGUUCCUGAGGAGGGCCAGGAGAGGCCCGACGGCUCCUCCAGCCCCGGGGCAGCUGGGGCAUCACCGCAGGGCUCGUCGGAUGAGGACCGACAGAUGCGCAACGGUUCCCCUCUUCAUGAGGUGUACCCACAUGAAAAGGACGGCCCUGUGCUCCUCCUGAACGAACCUCCUUCUUACGGCUCCAAGCAGUCCAGCAGAGCCAGCGGCGUCCAUCACAUGACCGAAAUACAAACGCAGCGCGGUUCAGCGUCCUAUCCAGAGCAAAAGGACAGACAAGGUGAUGGAGCUUUACGCAUCGACAUCAGCGUCCAUGAGAGAGAUCUGGAGAACAUGGCCAAAGAGGAGCUGCAGAAGCAGCUGGUGGAGCAAGUGGAGCUGAGGAAGAAGCUGGAGAGAGAAUUUCAGCAUCUGAAAGAUAAUUUCCAGGAUCAAAUGAAGCGUGAGCUGUCCUACAGAGAGGAGAUGGUCCAGCAGCUGCAGAUUGUUCGAGAAGCUCACGACGCCCUUCACCAUUUCUCCUGCAAGAUGCUCACUCCCCGUCAGUGCACCGGAGCCUGCACCUUCAAGCCACCGCUGCUGCCCCCGUAGUGCCACCGCACCCCAGCAGCCCGAGGAAACACACACACACACACACACACACACUCACGCCCACUCAAAGAUCCAGCCUCGAGAGCCUUCAUGGUGUUCACCUCUCUCCACCUGUAACCCCGGGACUCCUCCUCCUCCUCCUCCUUCUCCUGCUGCUGCUGUGUGGAUACACCUCUGAGAGAAUCCAUCAAGGCUCCGGAGGAGACGGACUGGGCCGCGGCCUCUCCUCCAAAGAACCGGACUAUUGUGUUAAAGAGGAAACGUGAGCUUCACGCUGCGAACCGGAGGACUGCUGAUCCCAAGCUGCAGAGCUCAAACCAAGGAACGAAUGAAAACCGUCUGCUCUUUCACUACUCUGAAGAGAAAAAUACAUUAUAUACAUACAAAUAUAUAUAUAUAUAUAUAUACAUAUAUAUAUAUACACGUCAUGUGACAAUGUGCAAUGCUUGUAUUUAUUAUGACAUUAAGUUAAAAGCUCAUUUGUUAGAUUUUGUUGCAUCUUUCAAUAUGUUUUUACAUGUAUUUGUAAUUUAUCUUGGGUUUGUACACUGUGUUUGUCAUGAAGCACUUUAAAUGGACGACAUUUCCAAACACCAAGACUCCCUCCUCCAAUUCGUUGUUGCGUGUCACAAACGCAGCACGUAGAAACGAGCACUUACCGCAGCGACCCCUUCAGGCUCUCACUUCGAAAUGUUCUGCUAAAAGGAAGAAGAAGAAGAAGAAAAACCAACACACUGAUGCAUCUGUUUAAGACUGUUUCCCAUUCUUGCUUUCUGUUGAAUUUCUGUCUCAGCAAAUUGAACCAAAACCUUUUUUUUUUUUCCACUUGAAGCGCUUUUUAUACGAACACUGUUCCAAGUAUGUAAACUACAAACUGCUUCAAAAGAAGAAUCGACUCUUGCUUUCUGACACAAACGCACCGUUCUCCUGUUUAUCUCUGUACAAAUUCAAAUAAAACCUGAAAAGCUC